GGGAGGGAGGAAGGGAGGAAGGAGCACUCCGGUACCCGCCGUUCCCUCUGCGAUCUGGAGACCUCUGGCUUCCCAGCCCGCCGCGCCGGAGACUCAGGCUGGGGUCCCAGCGGGGUGUGACAACUCCGCGUAGCCACAGGUGGCGCCCGGGGCGGCCUGGGAAAGUCACAGUCACAGCGCAGUGGCGGGAACCGCAGCCCGGCGGCCCUGGAACCUCCCAGGUCAGAGGAGCUGCGGGGCUGGGACGCGGGAGGGAAGGACGGGGUGCGAGCAGUUUCUCUGCUGUUCCUAAGGAAGCCUGAAGUUCUGCAGUGUCUUACCAUUGUCGAUAAAUUUCACAUCAUCUGAACUGGGCCUUAUUGAUAUAUUUUUUUUUUUUCACUCAUCUUAUGGUUGCCAGAACGUAUUAUUUACAGAAUAAUAAUCUGAUAGAGGACUUGCAUUAUCUUUUGUUUGCAAAUGUGAUUCUCUUAGCCACUGUGGCACUUGCUAACCCCCUGGAAUUUAAAUUCAUUCAUGCUUUCUAAAUCCUGUUUUACUGCUCUGGUAAUCAAGAGCGUGGCCUUUGCCCCUGGGGACCAGGCAUCUCCAGAGAGCUUUUUGUACAGUAAUCACUUAAGGAGCCACUGCAUCAGAUACCAGAAAGUAUAUUUUAGCAAGCUUUAAAGUUAUGAUUGUAAACAUUGACAUUUACUAAACAAACUUUUUAAUCCCUAUUUAUUUUCCAUCUGAGACAUAUGCGCACUAGAAAGUAAAUACAGCAUUCAGAAAUGUGUUUUUAUAUGUUUAAUUCUUAAUAUUACACCUUAGAUUCUGCAAAAACACAGUAAGUAUGCAUGCUGUGAGAGUAUAUCAGGCCAUACUAUUUUUUACAGUUUUAAAACACACAAUAGAUUAGGACAAAAUUAGAAGGCAUCUCUUAAAUAAUUCUGAUCACUCAAUUAUAUGAGAAAAAAUUUUCUCUUCCUGUUCCAAGAAAAGCUCCCUUCCUAUGGACACAUGGCCAAGUAGGCAUGGGUGUUCUUCUUUGGUUUUGGUUUUGUUUUGUUGAAUAAGUAUCUCAAUCCUGCCCUGUCCGGCUCAAUCCGUGGACACCAGUCUGGUCUCACAUGGGAUCUGCCUGCUUCUACCUUAGUAGGACAGGAAGACAGAUGGCUCAAACACUCACUUCCUUUAUUUUUAAUUUCAGAAUUUGUUGACAGUGACUGUGGACUGGUCUCAGCAGGAGGGACAAUGCCUGGAUGCUGCUCAGAGGGCUGUGCACAGAGAUUGGAUAUUGCACAAUUGCCGCAGUGUGCUUUCUGUGGAUGAGAAUAGUGUUCUCACAUUCCCCUUGCCCCUCUUCAGGAUUCCUGGGAAAACUACUCUGCAAGUGUGUGAGGUUUCUGUGAAUGAGUGUCCUUUUGGCUGGUUUAGGCUUUCAUUUUUGUUCCAUGAUAAGUACAGAAACUCAGUGGUGUAUAAUAUCGUCAUCCCAAUCAUUCCGUUCCAUUUCCACUCUUGUAUUUUGAUUGAGCUGUGAUUAGAAGUGAUGGGACUCAAGUUAUGCUAACUGAAAAAUGGUCCCAGAGUGUGUUCACUAUUCUGACACAGCGUGACAAAUGGGGAGUCAUUUGUAGAAUCAUUUUUUUUUUCUCAUUAUCCAGUGAAUGAUGCCGUCAGGACUUUGAUAAGAAUUGCUUAGUAUCUCUGCAAAAUUUUAGAUCUGUCCUCAUUGCCCUCCCAUUGAUAUUGUCUGUUGUCUUUCAUCAUGCCAGUACUCAAAGGUUUUAUUUCUAUAAUUUUAAUAGAUUUUGAAAUCUUGGUUUGAUCUGAAGCUUUUUGAUCUCUGUGCUGCCUCAGAUUUCAUAUUCAUUUACCAUUACUUUAUUUAUUUUGCAGAAAUAUCCCAUUCCUGUUGAAAUGAAUUGAUUAGAAUAUUUACGAUUCAUUUUGUUGAAACCUUGAGUGUGGUCACUGACUAGGAGGAGAGGGGAUCUUGGUGAACAUUGGGAUCAUGCUGUCUUUGCCUUGUGCCUCUGAAUUAUGAAGUGUGAUCAGAUCCUAUGGUACCCCCAGGAAUAUCCUUUCUUAGGAUUAAUUUUGAUACAUGUGACUUUUCUGUGUCCCUGUGACUGUUUCCUUAUCUACUUUUGUGAAAAAUACCAUUAUUUGUCUGAUGAAGAUUGCUUCGAUUCCACUUGUUGCUGUUAGUAAUAUUUUCACCAUGGCUUUUAGUCAGAGAGUUUGUGUAGGUCCGUUUCCUUGUGUACUCUUAUUUUUCAUUUUUUUUCCCUGAGUACCUUAGGGAUUUCUUCAUAAAAAUAAAGUCAUCAUUACUUAGUCUUAUUUCUAGAUCUUUUUGAUGCAACCUAAAUGGGUUUAAUUUCUAAUUUACUUCUAAAAUUGUCAUUAUUGACAUAUAGGAAAACUAGUCAUUUUGUGUGUUAGUUUUGUAUUUUUUCAAUAAUAGUUAAAACACUUAUCAAGUCUGAGGUUUCCCCCUGGAGUAUGUGAAGACUUUUUUGUGUAAUUGUAUAAUCAUUAAAAAGGAAUUGGUGCCUUUCUCUUCCCCUUGUCUUAGUCAAAUUUCCCUGGCCCACUCUUACAGCUCUGGAUUAAGUGAGACUGGAGAGCACGUGCAUCUUUCUUUCUUGACAGUUUUCCUGCUAAUGCCUGUCCAUUUUGUCUGCAAUGUACUGUUGACCUAGGUGUAACAUACGUGUCCUUUAUGUGUUGAGCCUGGUUACAUUUUUUUCCUAGUACCUUUAGGAGUUUAUCACAAAAUCUCAUUGUCUGUCUUUUGACAUUUCUAUUUCUACUGAGAUUUUCAUAUUGCAGGGCUUUUGUUUGUUAUGUUUUUUUUUUAAAUAGUGUAGUUGGUAAAGUUACUAUUAGUAUUUUUCUGCCUUCUAGUAAGAAAUAGUGUUUUGCUGCUUUUAUGUCUUGGCCACAGUCUGUUAUUCCUCAGCUCUCCUCUGUUUAUCUAUUCCUUAUGUAAAAAGUCUUAUUUCCUGUGUCCUUGUGGAUAACUUCUCUCUGAUUUUUCUAAGUAUAAUUUGCCUCCGAUUAUGAUGUGCAGUGCUGCCUGGGUGGGUGACACGUGUUAUUUCACAACUUUCUUCAAGUACACUUCUCUAUGGAUUUUAAGAGCCAGUGUUUCUGAGUACAGUGACAUGGUUCACAGUUACUUUCUCUCGACACUCCAAAUGAAGCAUUCCAGUCUUUGUUCCUGAGACAGAAACUCAGAGAAGAGCAACAGGGAGAAUGGCUGCUUCUCCGGUAAAUGUGCGCCAGGAUCCAUUGACAUUCAGGGAUGUGACUGUGGACCUGUCCCAGGAGGAGUGGGAAUGUUUAGACUGUGCUCAGAGAACUUUGUACAUGGAUGUGAUGUUGGAGAAUUACAGCAAUCUAGUCUUUGUAGAGAACCAUCAUAUAUGUAGAAAAUAUAAGAAAUUUCUGGAUCAAGGCUCAAAGCAUAUUGUCCAUCAGCAUGUGAAUAUCCAAGAGAAGUCUUAUAAAUGUUGUGAGCUUGGCAAAAUAAUUCAUGAAUCUUCCCAAUAUACAACUUAUGACACAAGAGAUACUACAGAAGACUACAUAAAGUACAGAUGUGGUAACCACAAGGGUGCCUCUAUUGAGUCAUCAGUCAUAAAGACGCAUAAAAAUGGGGACUCCAGAGAAGAACCUUGCAAAUUUAAAGACUGUGUGAAUUGUUUAAAUUUGUUUCCCAUCAGUCACAAUCAAAGAAUCCACUCGAACCUCAGUAUACACCAGAAAAAUCAUUCUGGAGAGAAACCUCACAAAUGUAAAGCCUGUGACAAGUGCUUUUAUCAGUUGUAUCAGGUUAAAUACCAUUACAAAACUCAUACUGGAGAGAGACCUUAUAAAUGCAGUGAAUGUCACAAACGCUUUAGUCAGCUAACACACCUAAGAAGCCAUCAGACAAUUCAUACAGGGGAGAAACAUUACAAAUGUAAUGAAUGUGGCAAAAGAUUUAGUCGACUGACAUACCUAAGAACCCAUCAGCGAAUUCAUACUGGAGAAAAACCUUACAAAUGUAGUGAAUGUGACAAAUGCUUCAUCCAGAAAGCCCAACUUACAAUUCAUCAGAGAAUUCAUACAGGAGAAAAACCUUACAAAUGCAGUGAAUGUGAGAAAUCCUUUACAUGUUGUUCAGGUCUUAGAAAACAUCAGCGAAUUCAUACUGGAGAGAAACCUUACAAAUGUAGUGAAUGUAAGAAAUCCUUUACCAGUGGCUCAGAUCUUAGAAGACAUCAGAAGAUUCAUACUGGAGAGAAACCUUACAAAUGCAGUGAAUGUGACAAAUGCUUUAUUCAGAAAGUCCAACUUCAAAUACAUCAGAGAAUUCAUACAGGAGAGGAACCUUACAAAUGCAGGGAAUGUGUCAAAGUCUUUACCCACCUCUCAGGUCUAAGAAAACAUCAGAAAAUUCAUAGUAGGGAAGGAAAGCUUCCAUUAGUAAAUAAUGUGGCACAUGCUUUAUCCAAGUUCUGUUGUUAGGAACCAUUGCAGGCUUCACACUAGAUAAUCGUUGUGAACAUGAAAAAUUUCCAAAAUCUUAUAAGUAAUGUUCAAAUCAUAGAAAAGAUCAAGAGUUUAUAUUGAGGAAAAAUUAUUCAAAUGUGACUAUAUAGGAAAAUUUUCAUUAAGACGUUCUACUUUUUCAGCCUCAAAUACUUCAUAAUGAAGAUAAAAUGGAAAAGCCUGAAGAAUAUGCUGUUAUGUAACCAUUUCCUGGAAACUGAAAUGUUCCAUCCUGAAGGAAAGUAAUUAAGACAGGAAAUGAAAACCCCCAAAUAACUCAGGAAGUCCCUGAAACUGACAGGAUUCACUCUGGUUAACUCCCAUGAAAAAACUCAGAUCACUCUACUAUUUAGAAGAGGCUUUGACAAACUGAACCACCAAAAUAGGAUGCCCUUUAACCUGUAGAUAUGCCUGCAUGUGUACAGUGUGCUCCAGGUGUCCAGUGUUCAAAAGCUGUAUUCCAUGCUGAGUUUGAGUUUCCUGAUGGCAGCUGUCUCUGAGUUCCUUUUGUUCCUUUAAGCACCUCUUUCCCCAUAUUUCUCUGAGUAUCCCCAAUAAAGCUCAUUGGUUCAACAAGAUAGAUCAGUGGCAUCUGUACUUGGUUCUGUUGUCAUUUCUCAUUUGGCGAGAGUAGAUGCAUGUGUAUGUUCUGACUCCCCAGGGAAAAAUCUCUCAUACAAUAUGUGCUAAAACCUAUCUUGUUCUUGCUGUCCUGUUGUACACCACAACAUUAAUAUUAAAGAGAAAGCAUUUAGUCAACUAAAUCAGGCAAGCUUGUUUGUGCUCACUGCUCCAGGCUUACUACCAUGGUAGUACCUGGUCCUGUUAAAAGGGUUCGACACAGAAUAUAUAGGCUUAGGGAGCCUCACAGAGGAAACUGCUCUCUCUCUCUUUUGCAUUCAUGGAGGAGAGAGGGAGAGGUCUACAGGGAGGCACAUGAAAAUACAGUUACAAACCUGUCAGUGACAGAUAUCCAAACUGGGCUGUGACCAUAUAUGACUCUGAAUCAUGCUUCGAACCCAUGAUUCAGUCAAAGAACAGUGACUCUUAGUACACUGCUGCCUGUGGGCAAAUACUGAAUGCCAUUGUGCUUUCCUCAUGUCCUGCUGUAUCUUAGAAAUUCCACUCUAUAAAUCUCAAGAACUGCACUCAAUUUCAAUUUUUUUUUGCUGAAUCUUUACACAAUGCUAAUAUUGUAGACAUACCAGAAAAGUCAUCAUGAAAUGAAACUCAAGAAAAUAUAUUAAUUGAGACUUAUAUCCAGCUUAAUUUAAUGUGUGACUCUUCAAAUAUCAAGAAACUGCAAAGCUUUAAAAAGAUAAACUAUGAA